AUGUGUGAUGCCUCAGACUUCGCAGUUGGAGCAGUGCUUGGUCAGAAGGUGGAUAAGAAGAUGAACGUCAUCUACUACGCAAGCAGAACGCUAGACGAUGCUCAAACCCGUUACGCGACAACCGAGAAGGAAUUACUAGCCGUGGUGUUUGCUUUUGACAAGUUCAGGAGCUACAUUGUGGGCUCAAAGGUCAUAGUUCACACCGAUCACGCAGCUCUCAAGUAUCUCUACACCAAGAAAGAUGCUAAACCGAGGCUGAUUAGAUGGGUUCUCUUGCUUCAAGAGUUCGAUAUCGAGAUCGUCGACAAGAAAGGCACCGAGAAUAGCGUGGCCGAUCAUCUAUCAAGAUUGAGGAGAGGAGAUGUUCCCAUCGAUGACUCUUUGCCUGAGGAGCAACUUAUGGCUGCUAAGAUCGUGGAUAGAGGUUAUUUGACCAAGUGCCGGCUGGAGGAGGCGUGA